AUGUCCGCAAUCCUCUCAGCCGACGACCUGAACGACUUCAUCUCCCCCUCCGUCGCCUGCAUAAAACCCAUCGAGUCCCUCCCCGCUGCCAGCAACGAGCCCGAGUCCCUCGAAACAGAAGUCAUCCUCGGCGGCCAACAACAGCAGUCCUCCGCCACCAACGGCCCCUCCAAAAUCUCCCUGACGGACUGCCUCGCGUGCUCUGGCUGCGUUACCUCCGCCGAAGCCGUCCUCGUCAGCCUGCAGAGCCACAAUGAAGUGUUAGGCGUGCUGGACUCAGCGCCUGCGCUCCGGGUCCACGGCCCCGACGACAAGCAGGGGUCGUUCCGCGUCGAAGGGCUCGAGAACCCGGAUGCCAAGCUCUUCGUUGCGAGCGUGAGCCCGCAGACGCGCGCCAGCCUGGCCGCCGCGUGUGGCGGCGGCACGAGCGAGAGGGAAGCCGGGCGCAUGAUCGAGACGCUGCUACGUGGGCCGGAAGGGCUCGCGGGUGGUGGGAAGUUCAAUAAUGGGUUUGCGUGGGUGGUCGAUACGAACACGGCGAGGGAGGCUUGUCUGGUCCUGGGGGCGGACGAGGUACGGGAGGGACGUUCGACGCCUGCGAGACCGAUACUCACCUCCUCGUGCCCGGGAUGGAUAUGUUACGCGGAAAAGACACACCCACAUGUGCUGCCACAUCUGUCGAAGGUCAAAUCGCCGCAGGCGUUGAUGGGCACUCUCUUGAAGACCACACUCAGUAAGAAGCUUGGGAUAAGUCCCGACCGGAUUUGGCAUCUUGCUGUUAUGCCGUGCCUCGACAAGAAGCUGGAGGCCAGCCGCGAGGAGUUGACCGACAGCAUAUGGGCCGGCGAUGGCAAGCCUGGACGAGGUGCCCGUGAUGUCGACUGCGUUAUCACAAGCAAGGAGAUUCUCAUGCUCACAGAGUCAAGGGGGCUCGAUUUUUUCAGUCUACCCAAGACGCAGCUAUCUCCACAAGCUACCUUUCCCGAUCCACGACUCCACAACUUCCUCUUCCCUCGCCGCAAAGGGAAACAUCCUUCAAUAGAGGCCGGAUCCUCUGGUGGAAAUCUACAUUUUAUACUUCAGGAUACCAUUUUGAGGCAUCCUGGCUCCCGGCUGCAGACUGUCCGGGGACGCAACGCUGAUGUGGUUGAGUAUAACAUCAUAUCGGCUUCUGGCGACCCAGUUUUCAAAGCGGCCAAGUAUUAUGGGUUCCGAAAUAUUCAGAACAUCGUUCGAAAGCUGAAGCCAGCCAAGGCUUCGAAGAUGCCUGGUGGCAGGCCCUUUGGUGCGGCUCGAAAGCCUGCGGCACAAUCCAAGGGUCUGGACUUUGGAUAUGUCGAGGUGAUGGCUUGCCCGGGCGGCUGCACCAAUGGCGGGGGCCAGGUGAAGGUUUCUGACCCCAUCAUUGCCGAGCGCAAGGGUUGGGGUGGCGAACCCAGCCCUCAGGAACAGAGGGACUGGUUGGCGCAGGUUGACGAGGCGUAUUUUUCCAUGUCCGACUCGGAGGUCGACGAUGAUGAUCUGUCCUCGUCGAAUGAUAAUGGCGCAACGGAUGUGGUUGACGGAAUUUCUCUUUCGUAUGUUCGAGAUACCCUGGCGCAUUGGUCGGAUACCACGGGCAUAGAUCUGGCGCGAUUGGUGCAUACAAGUUACCGCGAGGUGAUCAGUGAUGUCGGCAAGGAUACCUCUGAGACGCAGAGAGUGCUCCAUCUGGCCGGAAAGAUUGGAGGCGGCUGGUAG